AUGAUUCCCACGGACUCUGUCCUCGCGGCAAUCGCUUCCCGUCAUCCUCUGGGUGGCCUGGGGCCGCAGUCUUCCUCGGAGCAGCAAGCCAACUUGACGCCCCAGGCCCGAAGACCCGCGCCUUUCCCCGCUUGGAGUGUUAUUGACGACGCAAAGCACAAAGCAGAUGUAUUUGCCAAGGAGGCAUCGCGAGAAUUCGAUAUGGCGAGCGAGACCGCUCAGAGCAAGACGGGCAAGAUCGAGCCCUGGACACCCAAGUAUUAUGCAGCUUGCAUUUUCGGUGGUAUGAUGGCCUGCGGCCUGACUCACACUGCGGUCACUCCUCUCGAUCUGAUUAAAUGCCGUCGCCAGGUUGACCCGAACCUCUACCGCAGCAACCUGCAGGCGUUCUCCACAAUUCGUUCUGUUGAGGGUCUUCGUGGAGUGUUCACCGGUUGGGGCCCCACAUUCUUCGGCUACAGUGCCCAAGGAGCAUUCAAGUACGGCGGCUACGAGUUCUUCAAGAAAUUCUACAGUGACCUCGUCGGCCAGGAGAAUGCCAUCAAAUGGAAGACCUCCAUCUACCUGACUGCCAGUGCCUCGGCUGAAUUCAUCGCUGACGUAGCUUUGUGCCCCUUCGAGUCGGUCAAGGUGCGCAUGCAGACGACCAUCCCACCCGAAGUCAAGGGCACUUUCAGUGGUAUCUCUUCUGUGGUCGCCAAGGAGGGCGUGUCCGGCUUGUAUAAGGGUUUGUACCCACUCUGGGGCCGCCAGAUCCCCUACACCAUGAUGAAGUUUGCCUCGUUUGAGACGAUCGUCGAGAUGAUCUAUAACAGGCUGCCGGGAAAGAAGUCAGACUAUAACAAGGGUGCCCAGACUGCAGUUGCGUUCACCGCUGGAUACCUGGCUGGUAUCUUGUGUGCUGUGGUGUCGCACCCAGCCGAUGUGAUGGUCAGCAAGCUCAAUGCCAAUCGCCAGGCUGGCGAGGCAUUUGGCGCCGCCAUGAACCGCAUCUAUGGAGACAUCGGAUUCCGGGGACUGUGGAACGGACUGCCCGUCCGUAUUGUCAUGGUCGGAACCUUGACUGGUCUGCAGUGGAUGAUCUACGACUCUUUCAAGAUCUUUAUGGGCUUGCCCACCACUGGUGGAUCCGCCGAGGACAAGAAAAAGGUACAGUAG